AUGCGGUCUCUCCGGAGGUUUGCUAAGGUGCCCCGGUUGAUCUUCUGGCCCAUUUUUGUGACAGCCCUUCUGUUCCUCGGUGUCUCUUUUAGCUCCUUCUUUGGCUUUGCAGAAAAAUGUCUUCACAGGCCAGUCAUUUAUUUGCAAGAUACCAAAGAAAUGGACAUCCAACAGAACAAGCUCCACACUGUGCCCGUUGAAGGGGAUUCCUUGAGCCAGCUAAAUGUAAUACUGGACACAGACAGCAAUUGGCUGGAGCAAGAUAUGGUUAAGAGAAUGGCAGCAGAUGAAGGAGAGGCCAUGGAGGAGCAAGCAGAGGAUAAGAAUGUAAUAUCAGCAUCCAACAAGAUGCAAGCCCAGGCUAAGAGUGCCUCACCAGCACCCAAGGGGAAGGAAGCCAAUGCAAAGACCAUAUACCAAGACCAAGCAAAACCAAAACCAAAACCAAAAAAGGCCCCUGUGUCAACUAAGCCUGGUGCUCUGAGACCCUCUACAAAAGGCAAGGUUCAUCCCAGCCUCCCGGUGCGGAAUGUGGCCGCUCCCACAAUGCAGAAUGUCACGACUCAGGCUCCUCCAGUGACAGAAAAGAGAAAGCUGAGGGUUGCCGACUUCAAGUCCGAGCCUCAGUGGGAUUUUGAGGACCGCUAUCUCUUGGACAGUUCAUCCUCUCAGUCACGCUGCCCCGAUGCGGUGAGGGCCAAAGCCGCCAAGUCUGCCUGGCUGAGGGACCUUUUCCUGCCCAACAUCACGCUCUUCAUAGACAGGAGACACUUCAACCACAGCGAGUGGGAACGCCUGGAGCAUUUCAAACCACCGUUCGGCUUUAUGGAGCUGAAUUACUCAUUGGUGAAGGAGGUCAUAACGAUGCUGCCACCCAACCCCUACCAGCAGGUCCUCCUGGCCAACAACAGCAAGCAGAGGCCGACCUGCAUCAGCUGUGCCGUGGUGGGGAAUGGGGGGAUAUUAAACAACUCUGGAAUGGGCCAGGAGAUUGACUCCCAUGACUACGUGUUCCGGGUGAGUGGUGCCGUGAUCAAAGGUUACGAAAAAGACGUGGGAACAAAAACGUCCUUCUAUGGAUUCACAGCCUUCUCCUUGGUGGCCUCUAUUGCGGUGCUGGGGAGCAAAUUCAGCAAGAUCCCAAUGGGAAAAGAGAUCAAGUACCUUCACUUCCUGGAGGGCACGAGGGAUUUUGAGUGGCUGAAGGCUCUCCUGCUGAACAAGAAUGUCAGGAAGGGAUUUUUGGACCAGUACGGGCCCAGACCACGGGACAAAUUCAGUAAGGAUUUCAGUCUGGACAAUUAUCUGGUCAUUCACCCUGAUUUCCUCAGAUACAUGAAAAACAGGUUUCUAAGAUCCCAAAGUCUGGAUAAGUCCUACUGGGCACUGUACAGACCCACCACAGGGGCCUUCUUACUGCUGACUGCCCUCCAUCUCUGUGACCGGGUGAGUGCCUAUGGCUUCAUCACAGAUGGCUACCAGAAGUACUCGGAUCACUAUUACGACAAGGAGCGGAAACGUCUGAUCUUCUACACCAAUCACGACUUCGAUCUGGAGCGAAGGGUGUGGAAAAAACUCCAUGAUGCAAAUGUCAUAAAACUCUACCAGCGAUCCUGA